AUGGACCCCUUUUUAUGCAGUUAUUGUAGCCACGAGUUUAUUGAUCCAGUGACUCUAUCGUGUGGUCAUACCUUUUGCCUUACCUGUAUACGAAAAAUAUUUCGAGAGGACAACGUAUGUCCGACCUGUCAAAUGCCAUUUGGUCGACCAUUUGUAGUGGACGAAGUAUUAAAGACUCGAAUGGAGCAUUACAAGGCACAAAACACUAUUUCUAUAGAAGAAGAUAACACAACACAACUUAUAGAAGAGAAACAUCCAUUUGACUUAUUAAGUCUUCCCGAGUAUACCAUCAUCGAAAUCAUGAAAUAUGAUCCUCAGGUGACUUGUCUCUUGUCUCGCACAUGUAAAAAGUUGUAUGAACUUUCCAAUUUGGAUGAUGUUUGGAUGGACAAAGUGUUACUGAUUAAUCCCUCAUAUCAACACAAAUUGGGAGUUUCAUGGAAGUCGGAAUUUAUAUCUUUAUAUAUUCGACGACGUUGCUAUAUAUGUGGAGGUGUUAAGAAUUACAAUGCUAAGACUAUAUUCACCACAGAGUCUUCUAUUUCUCACACAAACUAUAAUAGAACUACUGGAGAUCUCGACAUCGUCGAUAAUAAUAAAUUAAUCAUUUUCCAUCCCAAUGACGUCACCACGACUUUUACAUUUGCUGAACACCCUUCUUUAGUCUCGAGAAAUGGAAAUAUCGUCUUUUGCUGUAUCAACAACGUCGUCUAUAAAUAUACUCUUGACUCCACUUUAUUAGUACAAUACACCCCACAUAAUAAAGUCAUCGCUUUACUCCAAAGUGAUGUCGAUUACUUCGUGACAGAACACUCCGUCAUUCAACUUUCGGACAAUGGCGCUAUGAAAGAAUCAGUGUUCCCAAAUUCAGUCUUUUCCUUCGCUGCAUUACACAACAAGAAUAUCAUCUUAUGUGGUUUAGAAUUGGACCAAAACAUGAUUAGAGUAUUAGACCCAGACUUCAAAAUCCUUCAAGCUUUAGUCUUCGAACAAAAUGAACCAGUCAUUGUCAAUGGGUGGAGAGUACAACAUCCGGCUCCUCUUCUAAUGCGAGAAAACAUGAUUUUAUGUCACAACAGUUAUUGGAUUUUCGGUGACGAUGUAAUACGCCAAUUCAACGACGUUGCUUCUCUUCUUGGGGUUUUUACAAUGAAUAACAAGACAGUUCAAGUGACGACUAAUUCAAUUAAAAUAAAAGAGACGGUCACCCAUCUCAAUUUCUCUGUUCAUUCCUAUUUCGCUGAUUUUGAAAACAAUCGGUUAUUUCUGAUCGACUCUUCAACUAAAGUCGCUAAAAUAUUCGAAAAUGGAAAAAUAGUCUUUUCAAUGUUAUUAGGUUCUGACUCUGAGUCUUUAAUUUCCUGUGUUUUCAAUCAUUUCGAAUAUAAGUUAUACGUCACUUUCACUCAUUCUAUUCGAGUCUUUAAUUUCGGCGAAAUUAAUUAA